AAAAAAAAAAAACUCCCAUAUUCUUUUCUCUGCAAAUGCCAAACAAACCCUAAUUUAAAAAAAAAUCUUCAACUUCUCCGCCGUUUCUACCACCGUCAAUGUGGCGGCCGUGGCGUAAAUCGUCGGUUAAGAUUCACGACACAUACUCUCCCACCACCGCUUCCUUCAAAGACAUCCACCAUCUCUGCUCCGACGAUUUUUCACCUUCUUCUUUCCCUUCCUCUCCUUGUCCUUCUCCCAGAAACGCUUCUAGAGUCUUCCACCGAGUCUGCGCAGCUAAUUUAAUCCUCAAAUCCUGGCCAACUCGUCAUUCUAACCCCCUCCUCCGCGCUGAUUCCGAACCUAUACGCCGGAAUCCAAAUCCGGAAUCAGCAAAACCAAAACCCGAGCCAGAUGUACGGAUUUCAAUCCCAGGAGCGGAGAGCAGCAUCGUCGUCUACUUCACAAGCCUCCGCGUGGUUCGUCCAACGUUCGAAGCCUGCAAAUCCGUUACAUCGAUCCUCCAUAGCUUCCCCGUACGAAUCGACGAACGAGAUCUCUCAAUGGACGCGUCUUUCUCAACAGAGCUACAACGGAUCUUCGCCAAAGAAGAGAACCAGAACGAGAACGAGAAGAAUACAACGCCGAAGCUUCCGCGAGUGUUCAUCGGCGGACGGUACAUCGGAGGAGAGGAAGAGGUGAUAAAGCUACACGAGAUCGGAGAGCUGAAGAAGCUGGUACAAGAGUUGCCGAAGAUAGAACGAGGGGUAUGCGAGAUGUGCGGUGGUCAUAGAUUCGUACCGUGUAAGGAUUGUCACGGUAGCCAUAAGGUUCAUAAUGAGAAAUUAGGAGGAGGGUUCAGAACUUGCUUAGCCUGUAACGAGAAUGGUCUCGUCAGGUGUUCAUCUUGUUCCUUUUCCACCACCACAUCUCCUCCACCCUAAUUCCUUAGUUUUUUUUUUCGUUUCUUUAAAAUUAAUUUACUACUACACGAAAAAUUGGAAUAAUUAAAAAUAUUUUGUUAUUUUAAUCUAAUUUUUCAGAAGUUUCCAAUUUGUAUAAUUCGGAAUGGAAAGAGUUAGUAGCAGCUUCA